AAAGGUAAGACCGCCUUAUACAGUGUGCAUGAGUGAUGAUUGUAUAUGUGCGUCUGUUUGCAUGUACUCUAGUGUUGUAUCUGCAUGUUUAUACUUUGCUAUCUGUCUCUUCAGGCACCCUGAGAAUCAGAGGCCACAUCAUCCUCUAUGUUCUCAUCAGCCUGUUGGUUUCUGAAGCUUCUUCUCAGACUGCAGACAGUCUAUAGGGAGAGCUGUCCUCUGUAAAGCUGAAACUAAACCUUCUAAAGAAUCACUACAGACACCUGUCUAAUGUUUUCUUCAACCUGGCAUCCAAUUGCUCAGCUCCAGGUGCUUGUGCUGAUGAGUAGCUUCAUGUAGGGGAUCAAUACUUCUUCCUCAGUACUGAUAAGCAGAAGUGGUAAAAUAGUACAGAUAUAUGCACAGAGAUAGGCAAUCAUCUUGCCAUUUUAACCACCAGAGAGCAACAUGAAGCUGUUGAAAAAGAAGGCAGGAGGAAGGGAGGGUUUUACACAAACUACUGGACUGGACUGACUGACAGUGAGAGUGAAGGUGACAGGAAAUGGGUGGCCAACUCAACAAUUAAUAAUCUAUUCAUGGGGAAUUUCGAGCCAGACAACAACCUGUCGGGUGGGGUGGAUGAAGAGGACUGUGUGGUGGACAGCUAUACUCAGAGCUGGUAUGAUGUUCCCUGUUCCUUCUUCUAUCUUAGAAUAUGUCAGAUGGAUGCCAUCCCACCCCCAUACACCCCCACCACACCACUGCACGACCACCACUCGAUUAUGAAAGAUAUUGAUUCUUUAUUUAAAAAAUUCAGUGGCCACCAUUUUUAUAGUUUCUCUUAAUCUACAAAUAAACUAUUG